GAGGUGAAGAUCGGCCAGCCCGCGCCGCAGUUCGAUUCUCCCGCGUGCGUCGACGGCGAUCUCGGCCGGGUGAAGCUGAGCGAUUACCUCGGGAAGUAUUGCGUGGUGUUCUUCUACCCGCUCGACUUUACGUUUGUGUGCCCGACGGAGAUCACGGCGUUUAACGAUCGCGCGGAUGAAUUCGAAGCGCUGAACACGAAAGUGAUAGCGGUGUCGACGGAUAGUGAGUACUCGCACUUGGCGUGGACGAUGAUGGAACGCGAACGAGGCGGUUUGGGGGCGAUGCGGAUACCGAUCGUGAGCGACCGGACGAAGGAGAUCAGCGCCAAGUACGGAGUGCUGUUCGAAGACCGAGGAAUUGCGCUGAGAGGGCUGUUUAUCAUCGACGACGAGGGGAUCGUGCAGCAGAUCACGAUGAAUAACUUGCCCGUGGGGCGGAGCGUGGACGAGACGCUGCGGCUCGUGCGAGCGUUUCAGUACACGGCGGAACACGGCGAGGUGUGUCCGGCGGGAUGGACGCCCGGUGCGCCCACGAUGAUCGAUGAUCCUGAAAAGUCCAAGACGUAUUUCGAGCAA